AUGGCCGCAAAAAAGGUAUCGAUUAGUGCGUGGGACUCCGAACACGCGGCAGCCUCGGCAAAACGAAAGCCUGGCGGCCGCGUGUCGGAGGUGACUCUGCUGCCAGCGCUGACGUCGACUUCUGAUGACAGCCCGAGCAGUCCGUGGCCCAUCACUACGUACCGCUUGUCUAGCAACAACGUGCCGGAAGCUCUGCCACAUAUAUCUGUCGCUGGCUUUGUCACCACAGGCAGCGAUGUCGCCAGCAUGCACGCGUCAACUGUGCUUGGUGCCUCUUACGCGGAAAAUGUCGAAGUUUCGGCUGGCUUCAGGGACAAGGUACGUCGACUGCUCGCGCUUCAGCGAAGGAAACAUAGGGAACUUCUGAAGUCUGAAGAGGAGGCCUUCAAUACUUUGCUGCGCCAGGCGGAAUCCAGCGUAGCGAGUAUAAAUGCAUUUGUAGCGUUUCGAAAGAAUAGGGAGGCCGCCGCGGAGCGGGAGCGGGAGCGGAUGCUGCCUUGGCUUAUGGACUGCUUUGCCAAUAGGUUUGAGCGGGUCAUUCGUGAGGAGUGGGAGGAACGUCGGUCCAUCGUUUCCUACGAGUGGCGGCUGCGGGAGGCUAAGCGUCGUGUGGAGUGGAUGACGGGCACCAAGAUGCGUCUUAAACGGGCGAUGGGGUUGCUGCUGCAUGCUGAGGAAUGUCGUCGAAGAUUUAUUGAGCGCGCCGAACUGCGGGAGGUGUGGGAAAUGCCCGAGUUGCGUCCUUUUGUUGUUGUGUUCGAGAACCUCGGCGUACUGGGGCCGUGCCCCUUUGUGUCGGUGGAGGACUGCCCCUUUUACUGCCGUGGUGAGGGAUACCGCCGCCCACACUUUGAGUUCACCGUGAAGGGCAAACCCCAGACGCGGACGCUCCCGCCUGUACCCUGA